GUAAAUUCUUUGUGAGUGCGGAAGAGCCCCAUCAACAACGGCCACUCUCCACGCCUGUUCUCCGAACUCUACAAUCACAUCCUCUCAAAUCAAAAGCGCGCAAUCGUUUCAACAUGUCUGACGCUGGAGAUGAUUAUGGGGGAGGAGGAAACUCCCCAGCAUACGAGGAUGAGGAGCCCGAGUACGACCCAGAAGAGCCAGAGCCAUACAACGGCGAGGACGAAGUUGCCCAGAUCGAUGACCUCCAAGCCGCACAGAACCCCGACCAGCUCCUUGCGACUGGUGAGCACGGUGUUGUGAUCUCUGGCGACCCAUCAGCAGCCGCCGCCAAAGGAAAGGAUAAGGCCCCAAAGGAUAAGAAGAUCGCGAAUGACCAGAGGACAACCACUCCGUACAUGACGAAGUAUGAGCGGGCGAGAAUCUUGGGCACAAGGGCGCUGCAAAUCAGCAUGAACGCACCGGUUUUGGUCGAUUUGGAGGGCGAGACGGACCCGCUUCAGAUCGCCAUCAAGGAACUGAGGGAAAAGAAGAUCCCUCUGAUUGUCAGGAGGUACAUGCCAGACGGAUGGUAUGAGGACUGGACUUGUGAAGAACUUCUCACUUAAGAUUUGGCUCGGAUGGGUCCCUUUCUUCAAUACUUUCUGAUUUCUUAGCGAUGCAUAUGAUAAUGGGUUCUGGAUGGAGAAAAAAAUGGCGUUCUGGACACGACUGAAGUCUGGUCUGUACAUCACAAUGAAAAUACAGGAGGCUUGAUUGUUCACAUAUACUGUAUUUGCGUGGUGCAUGCUGGCUCUAGUGCUAAGCUCUAGUCAUUCGUGUUGGCCCUAUCACUACUUUGAGAGACGGGG